GGGGAGAAACCCUAUCAGUGCAUGGAAUGUGGAAAGAGCUUCAGUCAGAGCGCCCAUCUCACAUCCCAUCAAAGAAUUCACACAGGGGAGAAACCCUAUCAGUGUGUGGAAUGUGGAAAGAGCUUCAGUCAGAGCUCCUCUCUCACUUCCCAUCAAAGAAUUCAUAUAGGGGAGAAACCCUAUCAGUGUGUGGAAUGUGGAAGGAGCUUCAGUAGGAAGGACGGUCUCACUUCCCAUCAAAGAAUUCAUACAGGGGAGAAACCAUAUCAGUGUGUGGAAUGUGGAAAGAGCUUCAGUAGGAAGGGCAGUCUCACUUCCCAUCAAAUAAUUCAUAUAGAGGAGAAACCCUAUCAGUGUGUGGAAUGUGGAAAGAGUUUCAUUGAUGGCUCCUCUCUCACUUCCCAUCAAAGAAUUCAUACAGGGGAGACACCCUAUCAGUGUUUGGAAUGUGGAAAGAGAUUCAGUCACAGCUCCAAACUCGCUUCCCAUCACAGAAUUCAUACAGGGGAGAAACCCUAUCAGUGCUUCGAAUGUGGAAAGAGCUUUAGUCACAACCAUAGUCUCACUUCCCAUCAAAGAAUUCAUACAGGGGAGAAACCCUAUCAGUGCUUCGAAUGUGGAAAGAGCUUUAGUCACAGCCGCAGUCUCACUUACCAUCAAAGAAUUCAUACAGGGGAGAAACCAUAUCAGUGCGUGGAAUGUGGAAAGAGGUUCAGUAGAAAGAACAGCCUCACUUCCCAUCAAAGAAUUCAUAUAGGGGAGAAACCCUAUCAGUGUGUGGAAUGUGGAAAGAGCUUCUGUCAGAGCUCCCAUCUCACUUUCCAUCAAAGAAUUCAUACAGGGGAGAAACCAUAUCAGUGUGUGGAGUGUGGAAAGAGCUUCAGUCAUAGCUCCUCUCUCACUUCCCAUCAAAUAAUUCAUACAGGGGAGAAACCAUAUCAGUGCAUGGAAUGUGGGAAGAGCUUCAGUAGGAAGGACAAUCUCACUUCCCAUCAAAGAAUUCAUAUAGUGGAGAAACACUAUCAAUGUGUGGAAUGUGGAAAGAGCUUUACUGAUGGCUCCUCUCUCAAUUCCCAUCAAAGAAUUCAUACAGGGGAGAAACCCUAUCAGUGCUUCGAAUGUGGAAAGAGCUUCCGUCAGAGCUCCCAACUCACUUCCCAUCGAAGAAUUCAUACAGGGGAGAAACCCUAUCAAUGUGUGGAAUGUGGAAAGAGAUUCAGUAACAGCUCCUCUCUCACUUCCCAUCAAAGAAUUCAUACAGGGGAGAAACCAUAUCAGUGCGUGGAAUGUGGAAAGAGCUUCAGUAAGAAGGAGAGUCUCACUUCCCAUCAAAGAAUUCAUAUAGGGGAGAAACCCUAUCAGUCGGUGAAAUGUGGAAAGAGCUUCUGUCAGAGUUCCAAUCUCACUUCCCAUCAAAGAAUUCAUACAGGGGAGAAACCAUAUCAGUGUGUGGAAUGUGGAAGUAGCUUCAGUCAAAGCUCCCGACUCACUUCCCAUCAAAGAAUUCAUACAGGGGAGAAACCAUAUCAGUGCGUGGAAUGUGGGAAGAGCUUCAGUAGGAAGGACAAUCUCACUUCCCAUCAAAGAAUCCAUACAGGGGAGAAACCCUAUCAGUGCUUUGAAUGUGGAAGGAGCUUCAGUAAGAAAGAAAGUCUCACUUCCCAUCAAAGAAUUCAUACAGGGGAGAAACCAUAG